CUGACAUAUCGGCAUUGUAAAGUAUUUACCGUACUAAUUAUUGUUUCACUGAAAAAUUGGAUAUAAUUUUUGCUAUAAGCAAAAAAAUACUGAAAUGAGUGACAUCAAGUCAUAUUUCCAUACGUGGUGCAACAAAACGAAGGUAGAACCGCAGUUCGAGAGCCGACCGACCGGGCCGAAGCAUAGACAACGUUUUCUCUGCGAAUUAAGAGUGGCUGGGUUCAAUUAUGUCGGUGCUGGAAAUUCAACUGUUAAAAAGGAUGCCGAAAAGAAUGCCGCAAGAGAUUUUGUCAGUUUUCUGGUCAGAAAUGGUAACAUAAACGCAUCUGAAGUUCCCGGUGAUGUCAUUGACAGUGCAGCUGGUCCAGCGAUACCGCCGUUAAUGGGAUCGGGAGUGAAUCGAAACAAUCAAGUGUUCAAGGAGGGAUUCGGUCCACAAGAUCUUGGUACAGCUUACCGACCAUAUCAGAAUCAAAAUGAUGACUUCAGACCGCAAAGCUACUUGGAUCGUGCCCAACAAAAUCUACGAAUGGAAGAAGCUGAAUCGUUGGAUGUGAAUGCGCAAAUCCAUGGCAAUUGGACCAUCGAAAAUGCUAAAGCGAAAUUGCAUCAGUUCAUGCAAAUGAAUAAAAUUCAAGCGGACUACCGAUACACUCCAGUGGGUCCAGACCAUGCUAGGAGUUUCAUGGCGGAAAUGAAAAUCUUCGUCAAACAAUUGAAUCGAACCAUUACUGGCCGCGAAAGUGGUUCCAAUAAACAAAUAGCAAGCAAAUCGUGUGCUUUGUCUCUGGUUCGUCAACUUUACCAUUUGAAGGCGAUUGAAGCAUUUUCUGGUUCCAUAAGAGUGAGACCCGCUGAAGAUCAGUUGACCUCUUAUCCCGUUCGCAUAAGUCCGGAUUUGGUGAAUCGUCUAGAAUGUUGUUUGAGAGACUUAAACAUCGAACCUGUUUCUAUAAACAGUCGGUUGAAAACUGAAGAAGACACUGAGGAGCAACCUUAUAGUUUGUUGAUUCCGUCGAACGAACCAACCAAUCGGAUCGCCAAUGUCAAUCAAACCAGUUCAGUCAUUUCGUGGUCUCCACCUCAACCCAACUGGAACCCCUGGACUGCAUGUAACAUUGAUGAGGGAUACUUAGCCACAGCUACCCUGGAACAAUUGAGCGACGAACUGCUUCAAAUUUCACGGGACAAAAUUCAAAGUGAUAACGAGCUCAUCGAUAGAAUGAAAUUCCGGGAAACAUUACCCGUCGCUGCGAUGAAGAACGAAAUCAUGACACUAAUCAAUGACAACUCCGUUGUUAUCGUUAAAGGAGCCACGGGCUGCGGAAAAACCACACAGAUUGCACAGUACAUUUUAGAGGACUAUACCAAUUCUGGACAGGGCGCUUGGUGCAACAUUGCCGUUACACAACCGCGACGAAUUAGUGCAGUCAGUGUGUCUGAACGAAUUGCAGUUGAACGUAACGAGAAUAUCGGUGAAUCUGUUGGCUAUUCAGUUCGAUUUGAGUCAUGUCUGCCUCGACCUUUCGGAUCCAUAAUGUUUUGCACAAUCGGUGUUUUACUGCGAAAGCUAGAAGCCGGACUGCGAGGAGUGUCACAUGUCAUUGUCGAUGAAAUCCACGAACGAGAUGUUAACAGUGACUUCAUAUUGGUUGUGCUAAGAGACAUGGUUCACACCUAUCCAGAUUUGCGUGUCAUUUUAAUGUCAGCCACUAUAGACACAUCGUUAUUCUCCGAAUAUUUUGGCAAAUGUCCUGUGGUAGAGAUUCCUGGCCGGGCCCAUCCAGUCACCCAAUUAUUUUUGGAAGAUUGCAUCGAGAUGACUAAAUUUGUUCCGAGUCCAGAAAGUCGUAAGAGAAAACGUGACGACGAAUCAGAAAUGGUUGGCAUUGAGACAGAUGGUGAUCAGAAUUUAAACAAAACGAUUCUCGCUGGUAACUAUUCGAAUGAAACCAAAGCAGCAAUGGCUGCAAUGUCCGAGUCUGAUGUGAGCUUUGAGCUUAUCGAAGCAUUGCUGCUCUUCAUAAAGCAGAAAAAUGUACCUGGCGCAGUUUUGAUUUUCCUGCCCGGCUGGAAUUUGAUCUUUGCUUUGAUGAAACAUUUGCAAUCUGGUCGAUUCGGUGGAUCAGAAUUUCGAAUUUUGCCAUGUCACUCCCAGAUUCCACGAGAAGACCAAAGAAAAGUUUUCGAGCCUGUGCCGCCGGGUGUCACAAAGAUCAUUCUAUCAACGAACAUUGCUGAAACUUCGAUCACAAUCGACGACAUUGUGUAUGUGAUCGAUAUUUGCAAAGCUCGAAUGAAACUGUUCACCUCUCACAAUAACAUGACAAGCUAUGCUACGGUUUGGGCAUCAAAAACUAAUUUGGAACAACGGAAAGGUCGUGCAGGUCGAGUUCGUCCUGGUUUUUGUUUCACAUUGUGUUCCCGAGCACGUUUCGCAAAAUUGGAAGAACAUUUGACACCGGAAAUGUUUCGUACUCCUUUACAUGAAUUGGCAUUGAGCAUCAAGUUGCUCAGACUCGGAGCGAUUGGGCAGUUUCUGUCGAAAGCUAUCGAGCCUCCACCACUGGACGCAGUUAUUGAAGCAGAAGUCGUGCUCAGAGAUCUGAAAUGCCUAAACGAAAACGAUGAUUUGAGUCCGUUGGGUAAAAUUCUAGCUCGCUUGCCAAUAGAACCCCGACUUGGUAAGAUGAUGGUCCUUGGCUGCAUUUUCCUUUGUGGUGAUGCAUUGGGAGCAAUGGCAGCUUAUUCGGGCACAUUCUCAGAAGUCUUCACCCUAGAUUUAGGACAACGGCGUCUGAGUAAUCAUCAAAAAGCAUUGGGAGGAACUAAACACUCCGAUCAUGUGGCAAUGUUGGUAGCCUCGCAUAUGUGGAAUCGCGCACGAGAUAAAGGUGAAGAUGAGGAAAUAAGAUUUUGUGAAUGGAAGGGUCUACAGUUGCCCACAAUGCGUGUCAUGUUUGAGGCUAAGCGACAACUACUGGACUUAUUGCAACAAUCCGGUUUUCCCGAAGAGACCAUCCUUAACAUGCACAUUGAUCAAAAUGGAUCCGAUCCGAAAUUGGACAUGACCCUCGCUUUGUUAUGCAUGGGAUUAUAUCCAAAUGUUUGCUACCACAAAGAGAAGCGUAAAGUGUUGACAACCGAAUCGAAGGCAGCUCUUAUCCAUAAAACUUCAGUUAAUUGCACAAAUUUGGCUGUCACAUUCCCAUAUCCAUUUUUCGUUUUCGGCGAGAAAAUCAGAACACGAGCAGUGUCCUGUAAACAGAUGACAAUGGUGGCGCCCAUUCAUUUGAUAUUGUUCGGAUCGAGAAAAGUUGAAAUGAUCGACCAAAAAACAGUUAGGCUUGAUGGUUGGCUGAAUUAUGAAAUGGAUCCGUACGAAGCCUCACUGAUAGCUGCCCUACGACCUGCUCUGGAGAAUUUGAUAAUAAUGGCAUCCGAAUCACCAGAAGAUAUUUUGAAUCUUGAUGAGCCAUUCCGAAAUUUGAUAGCCGUUGUAGAGCAAUUGUGUGUAAUGGAUGCAGGUGAUCAUGAAAUUGUACGCGAAACGGGCAUAACGCCACUGAGUCAACGUUCAGCACCAAGAUCUUUUCCAAGUGGACAGGGAGGAGGUAAAUUCGGACGAGGAAAUGGAUCCGGAAGUUUUGGCGGCAACUAUUCCGGAAAUUUUGGUGGUAACAAUUCCGGAAAUUUUGGUGGUAACAAUUCCGGAAAUAAUUUUCGAGGCGGGUGGUCCGGAGGUAAUUCACGAGGUGGUGGCAACAAUUUCGGCUCAAAUUAUGGUUCACGAUAUGGAGGCCGUAACAACAACGGAUUCAGGCGACGAGGUGGUAGUUUCGGUGGCGGAUUUGGAUCAUAAAUAAAUAACAACUGAGGCUACAACGUGCGUGUGCACCAUUAUUUUGCAAAUAGAAUUAAACCUUUCGCUGAAUAAAAAAAAA